GAAACGGCGGGGUAUACAAGAUUCCUGUCGCUAGUACUACGGCCCAUUCCGCGGUGGGCCAGGGACACUAGACCACGGACCCAUCAGUGUGAACCGACCACGAGUGCAGAGUCACAGAUUACUAAAUAGUUUCAGAGUGCUCAAUCGAAAGUUCGAAAUGUUUACCAUGUUCAAAUGGCUCAUCUUUCUCACAUACACGCAUACAAUAAUAUGUAUAGAUCCCUAUUCGUUACCUGAAUUGCCUCCGGGGGAGGCGCCAGAGCCGAUAGUGACUUUCAUGGAGGAAACAUAUCGAUCUGGUAGGGGCAAAACAACUCAUGACGCGGGAGAGCCCCUCCUCUUAACACCAAUGAUUGAUGCAAAUAAUCUGGAAGAGGCACGAAAUGCCGCUCGGGUAGACGGUGAAUACAUUUUACCUGAUAUGGAGAGCUACGCUGGAUAUCUAACUGUAAAUAAGGAAUAUAACGCAAAUUUAUUUUUCUGGUACUUCCCAGUAAUGGGUCAGCCAGUUGAAGAGAUGCCUUGGCUAAUAUGGCUCCAAGGGGGACCCGGUGCAUCUUCAUUGUAUGGAUUGUUCACGGAGAUCGGACCAUUUUCUGUCACUGAUGAUUUUCGUUUAGAAGAAAUAAAGUACUCCUGGGGCAAAAACCAUUCCCUGCUGUUUAUCGAUAAUCCAGUCGGUACUGGUUUCAGUUUUACUGAUGACGAUCGAGGCUACGCUACGAAUCAAACUACGAUUGGUGAAAAUCUAUACACAGCUCUUCAACAGUUUUUAACGUUAUUCCCAGAGCUUCGCAAAGCUCCUCUCACAAUAACCGGGGAAUCAUAUGCCGGUAAACACAUUCCUUCCCUUGCAAUCCAAAUUUUAUGGCAUAGACAGGAGGAUCCACCAAUUAAUGUACAGGGCCUCGCAAUAGGUAAUGGCUUCAUCGACCCUCUCACCCUUCAAAGAUACAGUCAUUUCGUGAGAGAAACGGGUCUCGUCGAUGACAAAGUCGCAAACUUUAUGAACCAAAUCGAAACAGCCGUAACACAAUUCAUAAACAACGGCGAAAUGUUGAAGGCCUAUGCGUACUACAACUACUUACUGCAGCUCUUCCUCUCGGAAUCGAAACUCAAUAACCUAUACAAUUAUCUUGAAGACUCAAUCAGUUUAGAUGGCUCCUACCUGGAGUAUAUAGAAAGAGAUGACGUCAGACGUGCGUUACAUGUUGGCAACACCAACUUCACUUCGAUAGAUGUGGUGUAUAGAAAACUGGUGCCAGAUUUCAUGGGUAGUGCGAAACCUUGGCUAGAGGAAUUACUUGAAAACUACAGGGUCAUGCUCUACAACGGCCACUUAGACAUCAUUGUGGCUUACCAUCCAUCAGUUAACACCUACGAUUCGUUAACAUUCAGUGGUACUUCCGAGUUUCGUGUUACGCACCGACGACCUUGGUUCCACGACGGACAACUAGCUGGAUACUAUAAAAUUGCGGGAAAUCUCACGGAAGUGAUGAUUCGUGGAGCUGGCCAUAUGGUGCCGGCUGAUAAGCCAGCGGCUGCUCUCGGUCUUAUAUCAGCAUUUGCUCGUGGUAUUUCACUAUAUGAAGACACAGGCUCGUUGGUGGAUGUAGAAAAAAACUCAUCGAGAAUUCGUCAACUUCCACUUAACUAAUGCAAUCAUUAAUAAAUAAUUUAUUUUAAGUUGCCGUGAUUCUGAAAAUAAUUAAACACAUUCCUAUUACAUAGAUUUGAUGUAGGAUUAUGUAAAUAAAUAAUUAUUUUUAA